ACCAUCAUCUAAGCACGAUAACUAACAUAGCAAAGAGAAAAAACCCUAAUUUUGACUUUUUUCCUGAAUCACCUUCUCUCUUCUACUGAUCUCUGUUCUCUGUAUCUAACUAAAUCAAGAAUCCCUUAAUGGAGGGAGUAACAAAGGGAAGCAGAGCCGUGCUUGAGGUGGUUGUACUUUCCCUAAUUUGCAGUGUUUCGUUGGUCUACGCUGGGGAUAUAGUCCAUCAGGACGAUAUAGCACCUAAGAGACCUGGAUGUGAUAAUAACUUCGUUCUGGUCAAAGUUCCAACUUGGAUUGGUGAUAAUGAAGAAGAAGAGUUUGUGGGUGUUGGUGCACGAUUUGGUCCUACUUUGGAAUCAAAGGAGAAGGAUGCUAAUAAAAGCAGAGUUGCUCUUGCAGACCCUCCUGACUGUUGUAGUACACCUAAAAACAAGCUUACUGGUGAAGUUAUCCUGGUGCACCGAGGUAACUGCAGUUUUACGGACAAGGCACAUGUUGCUGAAGCUGCAGGCGCUUCAGCGAUCCUUAUUAUCAACAACCGUACAGAACUCUUCAAGAUGGUGUGCGAAGCAGAUGAAUCUGAUGUGGAUAUUCGCAUCCCCGCAGUCAUGCUUCCACAAGAUGCUGGUGCGAGCUUGAAAGAGAGUCUCCAGAAUAAGUUAAACGUUUCUGUGCAGCUAUACUCUCCAAAGCGCCCACUGGUUGAUGUUGCGGAGGUGUUUUUGUGGCUUAUGGCUGUUGGUACCAUAUUAUGUGCAUCUUACUGGUCUGCCUGGAGUGCCCGAGAAGCAGCUAUCGAACAGGACAAAAUAUUAAAGGAUGCUUCUGAUGAAUACUUGAAUACGGAAUCUUCUCGAUCAAGUGGUGUGGUGGACAUUAACACAACUUCUGCAGUUCUGUUUGUUGUGAUUGCAUCCUGUUUCUUGGUCAUGCUUUACAAGUUGAUGUCAUACUGGUUUAUCGAGGUCCUGGUUGUCCUGUUUGCCAUUGGUGGUGUUGAGGGUCUUCAAACUUGUUUGGUGGCUUUAUUAUCAUGUUUCAGAUGGUUUGAACAUCCUGCAGAAACAUUCGUCAAGGUUCCAUUUUUAGGAGCUGUGUCAUAUUUGACCCUGGGUGUUUCUCCAUUCUGCAUAGUGUUCGCUGUUGUAUGGGCUGUUUAUCGCAAGAUCUCCUUUGCUUGGAUAGGUCAAGAUAUACUUGGCAUCGCAUUGAUAAUCACGGUAAUUCAAAUAAUACGAGUGCCUAACCUCAAGGUGGGAACGGUUCUCCUCAGCUGUGCGUUCUUGUAUGACAUUUUCUGGGUGUUUGUUUCCAAAUGGUGGUUUAAUGAAAGCGUGAUGAUAAUGGUAGCUCGUGGUGAUAAGAGCGGAGAAGAUGGCAUCCCGAUGCUACUGAAAAUCCCACGAAUGUUUGAUCCUUGGGGUGGCUACAGCAUCAUCGGAUUCGGUGACAUCAUAUUACCGGGGCUAUUAGUGGCCUUCUCUUUAAGGUAUGAUUGGCUGGCAAACAAAAGCUUACGAGCUGGAUACUUCUUAUGGGCAAUGAUUGCUUAUGGAUUAGGUCUGCUAAUUACGUAUGUCGCUCUGAACUUGAUGGACGGACAUGGUCAACCGGCUUUGCUUUACAUUGUUCCUUUUACCCUAGGCACGUUAUUGACAUUGGGGAAGCAACGAGGCGAUCUGAAACACCUGUGGAGAAAAGGAGAACCAGACCGGCUUUGCCCUCAUGUCCAGCUUCAAUCUUCGGAACAAUAAAUAAAUCGGUACCUUUUAGAUAAUAUGUGAUUUGGAUAGAUUGAGAAAUUAUACAUAUAGUUAGAUUAGAACAAGAAUUCGGUCUGUUUAUUAUAUCGCAAGCGAGUAGUUGCUCUUUUAGUCCCCAUUUCCAGAUCACUUCGUAUGUCCAUACACCAAGUAUCUAAUAUAACCAGUUUGCUGGUAGAUAUCUACACAGUAAUUCCCUA